UCUAAUGAGCCUCAUUUAGAUGUAACAUUUUACCAAAACGAACCAAUGUGAACAAGUAGGCUUGUGAACGAUGAACCGAUGCGACCAGAUGUCCGGUUUGACAAGCGAACGAUUCGGCUACGCCGGUAGCAGCCUCCUGUAUCGAUAAGAAUCAGCCAUAAAUCUGUCGAUGAAUCACUUGCGGAGACAUACACCGAGUAUCGCGAGAGAAGCAAUCGGUUCACAGAACGUCUUUUAAACAACAGGAGAGCCUGGAAUCCUCCACAGUGUGCCUUGACUGACGACGAGAACGGAUGUAAAUAGUAGCAGGCACGCUAGCUAGCUAGCUAGUCAUCACGGAGGAUUUUCACCACAUCAGCAAAACAAACAAAACAACAGUUUGGAACGUCGUUGGAUUUUACAAGAAGGGAGCAAAACUUGAGCAGCCAGACCAACAGAGAUGUUGUCCGAUGGUUAUUGCGCUGCAGUCGGCAGCAGUAAGGGCCUUAAUUUGGGUCAAUGACCGCCCUGCGUCUUGAUGGACAGCCAAUCGGAUCCUCCGGCUCAGCGCAGAUGAACGUGUGCCUGACUGGCAAUAUCAUACACCACAUCCCGGACGUUCUGCUCGCGGCUACCGCGGAUGAAGUCCUCCUGGGAAGCGCCGUGCUGCAGACACACACAAGAAUUUGUCAACUUUCUGCAGUGCAAUCGCGUGCAGCAUAGUGUUGCAGCACACAGGCUACACUGUUUGACUGUUUUAGAGGCAUGGCAAUGAUAAGGGAAAUGACCUCCAUGUGGUAGACUUUGUCACAUCACAGCAACGUUUGACAAACACAUCAUCGUCUGCUCCGUUUCAGCGCUUCUGCCAAAACAGGAAAGUCACCUCGGGCCUUAAAUGGAAUGUCUCACGAGAGGAUGGCUGACUCCCUCGAAAACAAUUUGCCUCAAGCUGCAGCUGACACAUUCAUUGGUUAAAGCAGGUUUUUAUGCUACUUACCGCUAGUAUACAUCUGAAAAAAAUGAGGCUGCCCUUACGGCUGCCCUCACAGGGCCACUUGUAACUGUCAGUAUAUAUGAAUAUAACCUUAUGAUAUUAUUACACAAUUGUCCAUGCAUUUGAUUAUUUGAUUUUUACUAACAAAUUGAUGGAUAACUUGUUUCGAAAUGAGAAGUGAAGUGAGGAUGUCAUGGUGACAAGCAGACAUUCAAGUAUUUGUUUUUGAAAAAUGCUUGGAAUAUGUUGCUGCAUGAUUAGAUAAUACUGACGUUUUGAAGAACUGCAAGCGGUACAAUUUUUCUGUCAAAAUGACGGAUCAAAUACAUUUCGAAGCACAAAGGUGAAGUGCACUAUUGACAUGCAUUAGUCCCACGGUUUGGCAAGCCACAUAAAAUGAUGUGGCGCGCCACACCUGUGCAAUAUACUUGUAGUAUAACAAAUGUAAGUCAUAAAAAAAAAUUGUACACUAUAAUUGCACCAUGGAAGCUCAGUACGAGAUAUGCCACAUUAUUCUGAACUGCUUUAUUAGUUGCCUGUUAGGAAAUAUGGACUAUGUCCCCAACAUUUUACAUGGCAUGCAAGAGAAAGGGGUGCUUAACAUUUUAAGUGCCCACUUGAUGCCUGUGUAAAGCGCUGCAUCAGCAUUUUAGAAUGGUUUCAUAUGGCCUUGUCAUUUUUCUGGUUGAGUUGGCCAAUCUUUGCAGCGCAAGGUCCGAGUUCAACGCAAAAUAUUUUAAUAUUUUAGUGAAAAAUUUACCACAGAUGUAAAAUUACAAUUUAAAGCCGCUUAAUCAAAAUCCAAGCAGUCUCAAACCUGGAAAGAACAAUAUUAAAUUUCAAGUAUGCAUUAGCAUUUCUAGUACCACGAAAUAUGUACUAGGGGCGGCAUGCUAGGUGGUGGAGUGGCUGUCUCCCAACCUGAAGGUUGCAGGUUCGAUCCUCCGUCCUCAUAUGAUUAUGUCCAAGUAUCCUUGGGCACAAUACUGAACCCCCCAGUUGGUCCUGAUGCUGCGUCAUCAGUAGGUAAAUGUGCUAACAGUGUCAAAGCGCUUUGAGUGCCUUGGAGGUGGAAUAGCGCUAUACAAGUGUUUAUAACUGUUUAUUAAGCCGGUGUAUAAUGUCCAAAUCAUAAAAACUCUUACAUGUGGAUCUUACUGUAGGUCACGUUUAGAAAGUGGCGAUCAACACUGGCAUUGAGAAAGUCUCCUUACCAGCAUGCAGAUGUCCAUGGGCAAGUAAACUCUGCGCCGGCUGCUGUAAUGAGGAGUCGCUCUAAGACACGUCACAAUGCCAUGCGCCUUCCCGAUGUGACUCGCCGCAUGGUCCGCAUGGACGUCUUUCACCCCUAGCAACACCACGCACACACACGGGUAGUCACUCGUUAAGAAGACGGAUAAAAUCCUUUUCCGCAGAGGUAGUCAUGCACCAUGACCAGUUUGUUUUGCUCCUGUUAGACAUUCUCACCUAAACACUCCAGGAGCAGGUACAACAGAGACGACUGUGCGUUCUCGGCAUAUGACUCCAGCUCCUGUAGGUUUCUGUAUGGUCUGUCAUCCAGAUCCUUUUCCUGACGUGCCACAUGAUACAAACAUAAUAAACACACAAACUUUUUACAAGCUGUGCACACAUAGUAGAUCCCCACUUUUCACGGUGGUUACAUUCCGUGAUACGCCCGAAAAAUGUCUAUUUGUGACACACAGCUCGCUCACCCACCUCCGAACCCUCCUGCUAGCUUAAUGUUGACGUUCUCUUUCGAUUUUUAAUCAACAUUUUCAAUAAAAGAGACUGUUGUAAUUAUUAGAUUAAAUUCAGCUCCAGGACCCUGCCUGUAUCUUUUUUAAUUGCCAUUGUUCACUCACAACACAAUUCAGGUUUAAGCCGUGAAUAUGCCUCACACACUUACUAAACACAUUUCAUGUAGAAAAUGUAUAGUUACUCACCACUAAUGAUCAUAAAAGAUGAUCGAUGAACAAAUGGAAUUGGAGUCACGGUAUAACAUUUAGCCUGGUCGUCAUGCUAACACUUGAGGCUACCAGACUAGAAAAGGAGUUUCUCUAAACUGUAUCUACUGCACAGAAUCCACGCUCCUUGCUGUUAUAAUGCCAGUAAUGACUGCCGAUCAUAUGUUAACUUGUGGUUAUCUCCCUACACGUUUUAAGGCUGGACUGACAUUUAGCAUAUUUUAUACUUGAAAAUGCUUAAUUUAGGCAAAAAAAAAAAUAUUUUUUUUUUUACUAAAAAUAGGCCGUAUUCCCAUGAAACAGCAUGAUUUACUAAUGAAUAUAUAGUGGAAAAACCGUGAUAGAGUGAAGCCGCAAAAUUUGAACGCUAUAUGGCAUGGGACAACUGUAUUAUCACAUAUUUAUAAAUUAUUACUGACUUAUGGUGAAUGAGAUGUGUUUUCCGCUGAAAAAACAUCCUACUGUCGGAGAAAAACAUUUAAUUUUAUUCUUUUUAACCAAAAAUCUCCACAUUUGCAGGCAGUGAAUGCAGAAUCACAAAUGUGUGGGGAUCUACUGUCUACAUUACUUACAAAAAGUUAGGGAUAUUAGGCUUUCGGAUGAAAUUUCAGGAUGAAUCUAAAAUGCACUAUAACCUUUACAGAUUAGCUUAAUUUGACCUUCUCUAAAUGUUUGAUUUCACAUGUCCAACUGCUGAAUGUUGCACAGCUUGCUGUUCUCUAACAAGGUGAUGAACAGUGAGCCUUACUCUCUCUGCUAUGAUCCUCAACAACCAUCUCUUUGUCAGCUUAUGCCUCCUCACUGCCUGCAAAACAUCAUGCACGUUUCUCAAUCAUCUUUUCAGGACAGCGUUUAAGUACAGAAACAGCAAAGAACUUGAAACAACUACAAGUACGUUUGUCAAAAAUUAAAAACAAUGUUGUGGUCUCUGAGUGUAUGUUAACAAGUGUUGGUAGUUACCUUCCACAGCUCGUUACUGACUGGCUGGUUUGGGGGGUUGUCUCUGUAGAUGUCUUCUAUGGCUGUCUUCCAAAACUGCAUUCGCAUUAAACCAAGGCUCUUCUGUGAGACAGAGUCCUUCACCUUGUGGAGAAACAAAUACGCACAAACACACACAUUAAAGAAACACCUGACAGUAACAUCAUAAUAUUACGAUAGUGAGAGUACAUAACACUAAAAAUUGCUGUACAUGAAAACAAAUCUGACUCUCACUUGAAUUGCUUCAAAAGAUCAAAAGACAUACCCCUACCCCCAAUUAAAACAAAUGCCACUCCAGUCCAGAUGUUGAACUACCAGUACUUACCUGUGCUAGCUCCACGUUGAAGGCCCUCAAAGCCAGGGCGGAGCGGCGCGCCCCCUCUGGCAGCAGAAGGGAGCACACAAAGCCCUCGUAGUCCCUGGACCUGAGUUGCAGUGUCGUCAGAGAAAGAGAACAUGUUGAGAUGAAGAAGGUGCUGCUUGUUUUUCUCCAUGGUUACUAUUUGUUGUCAUGACUGUUGUACAGCCGAUGUCUGCUCUCAUUUAUCAGCUUUACGGUGGCCCCUUUAAAUAGCGGGGAACUUUCGCUAGCUCGGCUAGUUAGCCCACCUGACCAGCUCCAAACAGAACUUCUCGUUAUGUUGAACCGUUGCGCUGGCUGCGGCUCUCACACUCCGAAUUUCUGCCGCUCUUUGAGCACACGCACUGCCGGGAGGUGUUUUUCUUUGGACAGUGAAAAACAAUGAGUGUUUGCCAAACGACAGUCCAUGUUUGACACUUACGCUUGCUGCCAUGUUACUUCCUGUUUUUUCUUCUUCUGCUGGUGGAUUGUUCCGAUUGAUACCGCCACCUAGUAGUAACUGUGUAACAUUGUGUUUAAUGGUGAUUACUACUUUUCUCAUCAUCUCAGUGUUUUUUCUUUCACAUUGCUAUUCCUUUUCCUUUAUUUUGUUGUCUCUGUAGGUUGCAUGUAUCCACACUCUUUUCGAUGCACAUAUGACUAACAGUAUGUCAAGUUAAAUUUAAUCAUAUGUGAUAAGAUCCAACUAUUCUCUGUAAAUUCUAUCAGCAUUCUCUGUUUUGUUUGAUCACACUGAUUGUAUGUUGUCUGUCUCACUAUUAUCAAGAUGUGGAGGUUUCCCUGAUUUAUACCUGUCAAUAUUUACAUUUACAAACAGUCGAAAUUUCAACUCGAUGCAAGAGCAACUCUUAAGGUGUCAAGGGGUGUGAUUUAUUUAAGUGACAUAACUGAAAUAUUCCAACCCAAAACAUACUGGGUUAAAUAUAUUUGUUAUUCUUGUGUUUUUACCAGCUUAAAUUUCAUAAGUAAGCGUAAAAAAUCUACUUUUAAAGAGCGCCGUUUACACACACACACAGAGGGAGAGAGCAAAGCAGAGAGGCUACACUUUCAAUGCAUUUUCGCUUACAUCUAUGCUGUUUCACCAUGCUUUUGCUGUCAUUUUAACAUGAUUUGUGUCUUUGACCGUGUAGCAUUUACAAUUGAAUAAUCAUUCCUUUUAACCGCAUCAAACAUGACAAUUGUGAACACAAACGUAAAGCGGGUAACUGGGACACAUUAACUUAGUGAAUUCCUUCUAUAUGAGCUGUCAGUCAAUGUUAAAAGAACUUGAACACACAGUAAAGCUCCAUUUUUGUUUAUAACCAACCAGUUGAAGCAGUUUUUUUAUGGUAGGAAACCAUCUUUCCUGAAAUGAGGACACGGCAAAGUUGAAAAAUAAUCUCUAUAGCCUAUUUGAUGAGAACUCGGCCCACCAAACAUUUUAUGGUACUAUUUUGUUGUUUGACCAAGCAGAAUAUGAAAAAGUCAAUAUUACAAACAGCUGUCACUUCACUAUCCCCAGAGGGUGAAACUGUUUGUUAUAACGCACGUCUCCAAAAUAUGUAUGUCUUGCACACAGGCAUCCGCCCUCAAAGCCUUAUCGGAGUGAAAGAGUGUGUUUUUUCCAAAGUGGGAGGCACACAAGAGAAAUAAAGAAAAGUACGGUAUUUUUUCAAACUUGCUAGGCUAACUUCAGUUAUGUUUACUGGCAAAACUAAUUGAUCUGUAGUUGCUGCAUUAACACCACCAAAUGUGGUAAUAAUAUAACCCAAAUUCGCUGCAGAAAAACAGUUAAAGGCCAGUGUUCAUCGUGUUCUCUGAGGGGAGGCUCAUUGUGCCACACUUUGAAAACGCCUGAACUAAAACACCAUACAAAUCUAAAAGUGCAGUACUAAUAUGGUAAUUAGACUCGUUAGUCUAGUUUUCACUUCUUGUUCGCCAAUCAAAGUGGAUGACACUGUACAACUAAUCAAAACAGUGCACCCCUACAAUACAAAUAUCAUGUGUUCAGUUUUGUUGAUGCGGUUUCCGGUACCACGUGUCAAAUUAAAAUGCGUGUAGGUAAUUUGCCACAUGUCUAAUGUAGUUCGAAAUGUAAAAUAUGAGAAAGAAAUCUGUUUAAAUGGAUGUCAUUGAAAUGGUUAUGGCUGGCAUUCGUAAGAGGUGAUCACGAUAUAUGUUCUAGCCAGUGAGCGAAAAAUAAAUUAAUGUAAGUGCCUUCAUUUUGGUACCAUUUUUUUCAUUUUUGGGUGCGGGUCAAUACGUUCAAUACUUUUAUUUUACAAAGUAAAACCGGAAACCUUGUUGAGUUUCCAGAGUAGGCGUGGAACAAAAAAGUAAAGGAGUUAUAAAAAGAAGUAAAUUAGACAGUUCAGUCAAGAAGCUUUAGAAGGCUUGAUGAAGGAUUUGCUUGUGUGGCUUCUGUUGUCUCUCUUUUGCUGGCUGUACAUCACCGCCGACCCCACAGAGUCGGUGGUGAAAGAUGUCUUUCUGGCCAAGGCGCAGGGUGACCGUCCUCAGCGCUCUCAAAGUGACAUCAAAGGCUGUCAGCCCCUCGUCCAUGGCACCGCCGUCCACGAGAGCUGGCCCUCCAACAACCAGAGCGGGCUGCCGGUGGUCGAGUCCAAGGUGUUUGUGUCUCGUCUGAAAAACAGAUAUGUGAGCGGUCACUUCACGGUGGUCCUUGACCCACUGAGAACCGUGUCGGUGCUGGAGCCCGGCGGCCCGGGGGGCUGCGGCCUUCACAAAAUGGUCUCAGUCGAGGAAACAGCCCGAGCUGCUGGGUGUCUGUACGCCCAGAACGGUGGUUUCUUCAACACCAAGACGGGCCAGUGUUUGGGCAACGUGGUGAGCGACGGCAGGUUGGCAAAGGACAGCGGUGGCGUGCAGAACGCCCAGUUUGGCAUUAGGAGGGAUGGUACCCUGGUGUUCGGGUAUGUGUCUAAGGAAGACGUUUUGGAGCAGUCGAACCCAUUUGUCCAGCUGAUCAGUGGAGUGGUGUGGCUGAUCAAAAAUGGUAGUGUCAACAUCGAACCCAGUCUGAAGGCCGAGUGUGACAAGACACAGGAGACUGCAAGGACAGCUGUGGGCCACGAUGCUCAAGGCAGGCUGAUCUUGUUCCAUCUCGACGGACAGACUGGCGAAAGAGGUAUGAGCCUUUGGGAGAUGGCUGACUUCCUGAAGAAGAAUGGAGUCAUCAAUGCCAUCAAUCUGGAUGGAGGCGGGUCUUCCACCUUCAUUUCCAAUGGCUCAUUGGCCAGCUACCCUUCUGAUGAGUGCAGCAAACCAGACAACAGUUGGCGCUGUGCUCGGCGAGUCUCCACCGUCUUGUGCGUCCAUCCGCACCGAUGCCAGCCAAGUGACUGCGGCGGACACGGCCGAUGUGUGGCUGGACUCUGUCACUGCCAGGAGGGCUGGCGGGGUGCCGCCUGUGACUUUCCCACCUGUCCACCCUCCUGCGGUGCCCAUGGUGUCUGCUCCGCCAGUGGUUGUGUCUGUGAUGCCGGGUGGAGAGGACAGAACUGCAGCCAAAAGUGCCCAUCAGGCUUUUAUGGUGACGGCUGCAAUCAAACCUGCUCCUGCAUGAACGGCGCCUCGUGCCAUCAUAUCUUUGGAAACUGCAGCUGCCCUCCAGGGUUCUCUGGCACAACCUGUGAAGAAGAUUGCCCAUUCGGUUUCUAUGGUGACGGCUGCAAACAAAUCUGCCCUUGCAUGAACGGCGCCUCGUGCCAUCACAUCUUCGGAAACUGCAGCUGCCCUCCAGGAUUCUCUGGCACAACCUGUGAAGAAGAUUGCCCAUCAGGCUUUUAUGGUGACGGCUGCAAUCAAACCUGCUCCUGCAUGAACGGCGCCUCGUGCCAUCAUAUCUUUGGAAACUGCAGCUGCCCUCCAGGAUUCUCUGGCACAACCUGUGAAGAAGAUGGACGCUCUCUGGUGGAGACAUCCUUGAAGCUCUGGGCUGGCGCUUACUUUACCGAGUCAACAUGGCUGACAAUAACCGCCAUCCUGAGCUCUGUGCUGCUGCUCAGCCUGUUGGCGCACGUCUUGCCCCUGUGUCGACACUGGCUGGCGACUCACUGGCGUCGUGACUACACCUAUCUGCCGCUGACCACUGAUGCAGAGGUCUCCUUACAGUCCGUCAUAGGGGAAUCCGGCAAAGGGUUUGCGGAUAACUCUGACUUUCUGGAAUUAACGCCACGCGUUGAAUCUGCUGGCGAAAAAACAUGACAAAGUGAAGAUUGUAAACACUGGAAAAUUUAAAUGCCAUAAUAUCUGCAGCUGUGUUUUUUUCACAUAUACGUUUGCCAAUGUACUGUUAAUAAACUAAGUGGAAACAAAGUCAUGACAUGAAUCCAUUUUCACCUUCCAAUGUGUACAAGAAGCGGCCCACAUUUUUGGCCCUUGGCAUAUUGUAAAAAUUUAAUCCAUCCAUUUUCUAUACGGCUUAUCCUCAUUGGAGUCACGUUAAGCUGGAGCCUACCACAGCUGACAAAAAUAAUAAAUGAGACAAACGAUAAAAAGUAUUGAAAACAUUUUUAACAAAAGUUAAUUAUUCUAAUCUUUUUGUUAUUCUCUUAAAGAGCAACCACUGUUAAACAUAAUAAACAACAAAGGAGUCAGCUCCUCACCAGCCAUGAACUUCACUGCACUUCACUGGUCUUCAACAAACAAGAGUCCAUGACUGGGUACCUUUUUCUUCAUGUAUUUGUUAAACACUUGGGUUUCUCUGUAAUACUGUAAAAUUCUAAGUCUUGGGUCUUUACAGACUUCCAAUGGUGCCAAAAGAGGGGAAUUGUGCCGUGCCUGGGCGCCAUUCAAGCACUCACACUAGCCAAGCAUUCCGUGCUUUUGGUGUUAGGUAGGCCCCAUGAAAAAAAAAUAAAAAUGCAUUGGGCCGCCCCAAACGCCCCGCCCCACCCCCGGCACCUGUUUUAUUUUUUGACCGCUGUCAGUCAAGAUUCAAGAUUCAUUUUAUUGUCAGUCAGACGCCCAUUGGAAUUUUCCUAACUCAGUACCUCCUAAAAGACACAUCCGUCGAUGUUGUCUGCUCCCUGGGCUGUGUUCACAUAUUUGUGGCCCAACACUCCACCCAAAGUAUGAAACACCCUGUACACAUUUACAGAGAAUUGGGUGUGAAUUGAAUCACCAAGUAAAAGAAGGGUCAUACAGCAAAGAAAGGACAGGGAGACUUGGCAGUCACACAGGCACAAA